GGCCCACAUUCCAAUCAGAAACCUAACACAGACCACUUCAACUCUCGUCUCUCAGCACUCGUCAGGUCUCGUCUCAGUUACGACUUACGCUGCAGCUCGUCUUUCAUCUCUCAACUCGUCGUCCGUUGUCUCUUUAAGUCUCAGGCCAGCCGCUGCUCCUGGCUCCUCGCCGAGUGCUCGCGACUCGAAAGUCCAAGGCACAAUUCUUUAGUUGGAAGACUAUAUAAUGCCGCUGGGACUGUUAUUAGGUUUAGGGAGAUCUUUCAGAAGAAAGCGUACUUCAUCUCUUGAUAUUCUUACAACAAAAAAGGUUCCUCGGGGCUUCUACAAGGGAAAAAAUUGCAAGCCUACUGGUUUUCACACUCGCAAAGGUGGUUAUGUUAUUGUGCAAGAGAAGCUGCCUAACUACGUAGUUCCAGAUUUGACCGACUUCAAGAUUCUUUCUUCUGCAAGGGAAAUCAAGCAGACAGAAAGAGAGCAAACAAACCGCUUUCCUCCUCAUCCCAUUCUCACUCUUGUCUGAAGCCAUAUGUAUCCCAAUGCCCAAUAGGAACUACAAGUGCAAGUACGGAGGCAAACAAAUCAGCAAAAUAAGAAAGAAAGGAGAAAAAUGAUGAACACUUCUCUCCCUCUUCAAUGAUAUUUAGGUUUUCUCUGUGUUCAUUUUCUAGCUUUAUAUGAAAUCAACGACUUGUUUGAUCCAUUCUUGCACACCUCUACAACGUCUACUUUUGUUGGGAUAAAAAAGUUGUCUUUUUCCUUUUUAGGUACUCGUCUUUUUCAUCUAAACAUGUCAUGGGUGACAUGAUCACUCUUGUUUGAUGCCUUUGUAUCUACAUUCUUUAUGUUGAUUAAACUAGUUUGGUUGAAUA